AUGAAAUCUCCAACAUUAAGAACUCAUAUUCCUGAAUAUUUAAAACGCUUACCUAAAAUUCCAAAAUAUUCACUAUGUUACCCUGAAGUAAAUUCUUUUUUAGAAAUAUGCGAGAAAAUUGUUGAUUCUAAUUUUCAACCUUUUUUUUUGAAUUAUACAGUGGAAGAUGUAGCUCAAAUAGUUUCAGAAGAAUGGAACCAUCCUGAAUUAAAGGAAGCAUUUAUAGUAAAUGAAAUUGAUGGCAAAGGAUUAGUAUUUUUGGAAGCAGAUAAAUUUCCUAAAAUGAGUAUAAGAAAUUUUGACUUAAUAAAGGAAUUAACUGAAAAUAUUAGAAAUUUUUGUAAUAUUGAAAAAGAAGAAGCAAACAGAGGAGUAUCACUUCCUCUUAGAAAGCCAGGAACUUUAUUCUUAUGGUACAAAGCAAGGCGUUCUGGUCCUACUGCUUAUUUCUCAACACCAUCAACAUAUUUUAGAACGAUACAUAUAAUAAGAGAUGAAACUACUGAAGAAAGAAGAUAUUAUAAAAUUCCAAAUCACUGGAAUAGAAUACCACCUUAUCGUCCUUGGUGCCCUCAUGUUACCGUUGGAGGUAUAAGAAGGAUAAACCCAAUGACUGGAACUACCCAAAGGCAAAUGCCUCCGUAUAAAAUUCUUCCUUGCUCAUUAACUAUGAAAAGUUAUCUUUAA